GAGCGCAUCCUGCCCAUGGACUUCUUCAACUGGCAGAGCGGGUCACUCGAGGCGAGCCGCGUGGCCCGGUGGAGCCUCACCAGCGGCUACGCCUGGCAGAUCGGGCAGGAGAUCCAGUGGCCAGGCGGUGCCCGCGCCGUCAUCCAGGACGCGGCGCACCCGCCGUCGUUGCCGAGCGGGGCCCUCCCGGAGUGCGGCGCGGACGAGUACUACAGCACCGCGGAGCAGCAGUGCACGCCCGAGUGCCCGGCCGGCGAGGAGCCCGACGAGGCGGGCGCCUGCCGGGCCUGCGCCGCCGGGACGUUCAAGCCGUCCGCGGGGCAGCGCGCGUGCCAGAACUGCACCGCCGGACGCGUGGCCGCCGCGAGCGGCAGCCGGCUCUGCAGCGAGUGCGGCCCGGGGACCUUCCAGGGCGCGGAGGGCCAGGAGGAGUGCUCGCAGUGCCCCGCGGGCUCCUUCGCGGCCGCGGCGGCGAGCACCGCGUGCCUCGCCUGCGCCCCGGGGUCCCGCGCCGCCGCGGCGGGGGCGCCCAGCUGCGAGCCGUGCCUCGUGGGGUACUACCAGGAGCUCCCUGGGCGUUCCGAGUGCACCAGGUGCCCCGCGGGCAUCACCUCGGAGUGGACCUUGGUGGAGGGCAGGCGCCAGUGGGUGCCGGUGGAGGGCGCGUCGGGGCCGUCCGCCUGCGGCUGCGCGGCGGGCACCAGGAGCGAUGGCGGCGGCGGGUGCGUGAGCUGCGGCACGAAAGAGACCACGGGCGUGAUCUGCAGGGGGAAGGAUGACGUCGUCAUCGCGGAGGGCUUCUUCGCGGAGGACUCCUCCCUCUCGGUGUACCAGUGUUUCGGCGAUUCGGCCCGCUGCGUGGGCGGCCCGCCCGGCGCGACAUGCGCCGAUGGGCGUACGGGGAUCACGUGCUCCAUGUGCCAGCGCGGCAUGAAGAGGGGCAAGGGAGGGGUCUGCAACCCCUGCACCAUCACCACGACCAUCAUCUUCGCGGCUGCGAUUGCGGGUGGCCUCUCGGGCCUCCUGCUCAUGUACCUCGUCAUCGACAGCAGAGGGACCGCACAGCAGAGGGGGGUCUGGCGAACUUGUUGCUCCUGUGUGCGCUCUUCUUCAGUAUCGCACUGA